AAAAUAAUAAUCACACCCAAUUCCACAUCUACUGUUACAUUUGUUUAGGCUGUCACAAAUGAAACUCGUUUCAGUGAAGUCCCACUGGCUACUCUCUCCCUGAACACUAGGUGGCGCUGUUUCACGCACUGCAAUCCAAACCAAAUCCUGUAUGAAGUGGAAGUUUUUUUCCUCUUUCCACGUUUAGUAAUCUGACACCCAAAAAGGCAGAGCAGCAGAAGGAUGGACCCUUAAACUGGGCUGGAAGGACGGAAGGAAGGAACAGUUAACCAACGAGCGCAGACGAGAGGGACCGAACAGAAGCGAAACGCCGUGCGCAAAAAACAACCCCGUGGCUGCGGCAGUGGAGGAGAGCUGGUUGCCUGCGCGUCUCCAAAAUAACUGGCCGUCCUCUUCAAAUGGUCUCAAAGCGACAAGUUUCACUUUCCACAGGCGGAUGGGUGACUUUCCACGGGGCUUUGUGAGGAGUAGAUGAUGAAGAAUACCAGCGACAGUCCCCUUCACAGCAACAACCAGACUGCCAACCACAUCAGAGAGCGAAACAACAGAAACUACGGCUUACUCUCUGCCUUACCGCUGCGAUUUUCCCUACGAGGUUAUGGUUUCUGCAUGGCUACGCUGUUCUUCUUCUGCUUCUGCUCCCUUUUUUACCAGCUGAACGGAGGACCCCCUGAUAUCCUGCUGGACAUCCGACAGUAUCUCGGAGUGUUUGGAAAAAAUCACUGGCCAGUCAAAAAUGCCCCCAGCAGGCACUUUAUCCAUAAGGACAGGCUAGAAAGACAGCUGAUGUCAAGUCCACAUGUCCACAAGUCAAUACGAGGUGAAUCCACAUAUAUGGAUGACCACAAACCCCCUGCUCCAAAAGUGCUCCCGUUCCCCAGCCAGGUGGUUUAUAACCGUGUUGGGAAGUGCGGCAGCCGGACGGUGCUCCUCUUGCUGAAGUUUCUGGCUGAGAAACACCAGUUCAACAUGGUCUCCUCAGACAUCCACAAUAAAACCCGCCUCACAAAACAUGAACAGGUUUAUCUCAUGAACAACAUUAGUAUUAUCCCUCAGCCAUACCUCUAUACACGGCAUGUUCAUUACCUCAACUUCACCAGGUUCAGCAUAGAGCAGCCCGUCUAUAUCAACAUAAUCCGGGACCCCAUCAGCCGGUUCCUCUCCAACUACUUCUUCCGUCGCUUUGGUGACUGGAGGGGUGAGCAGAACCACCUCAUCCGCACUCCAGGGAUGAAAGAUGAUGAGAGAUACCUGGAUAUCAAUGUGUGCAUUCUUGAGAAUUACCCCGAGUGCUCCAACCCCAGAACUUUCUACAUCAUUCCCUUUUUCUGCGGACAGCAUCCUCAGUGCAGGGAGCCGGGAGUAUGGGCUCUGGAGAGAGCCAAACAGAAUGUGAUGGAGAACUACCUUCUUGUUGGUAUCCUGGAGGAGCUGGAGGAUGUUCUGCUCCUGUUAGAGAGGCUCUUACCUCAUUACUUUACUGGAGUACUCGAAAUCUACAACAGUCCUAGCUACAGAAAGAUGGGGAACAUGACCGGCACAGUACGUAAACAGACACCCACUCUGGAGGCCUUGCAGGUGCUGUACCAACGCAUGCACUACGAGUAUGAGUUCUACAACUUCAUCCGUGACCAGUUCCACCUCAUGAAGAAAAAAAUUGGCCUUAAGUCUGUCUCCCAACCCACUGCCUACUCACCUGCUUUCCUCCAAGAGCUGGCCCACCGAACCCCAGAGCCUCUGGGUGAAGACGAGGAGCUUGACACAGACCUGGAAGAUGCCAACAGCUGGCUGGUCCAGUCUUAAAAAUUGUUUGAACAGCGGAUGCAGCCGAAACAAAAGCUGGUUGGCUAGAAUUGGCUGGAGAUAGCUGGAGGCAGCCUGAGGGCAAAGGGGAUCGUUCUCCGUCUUUCGGCAUUCCUAAGAAAAGUGAGGUGCAUUUAGGGGUGUGCGGAUCUUGACGCUCAUGGGUAUGUGGGCUCUCUUUUCCGUCUGCAAUAGACUCCUAUCACGACAAGUUUAGCACUGAGGACUAUAGGGGAUUAGUAAUUGGAAGGACAAAGUGCUCUGUUUAAAAAUUAAUCAAGGGCAACGGGAAAUAAUGUUAAAAACAAUAUGCGUGACUCAAGCUUUGUUUUAAUUUGAGCUUGUUUUUGGGUUCGUUUAUGUAAAAAUAAUCCAUCAUUGUGGAAUCUCCAGGAGAGAUUAGCGCAAGAUGUGGUUAGCUAAAUGUCUUGGGAAAUAUUCUAAAUGGUGGUCACUGGAGUGUUUAUUGUAGGAGAGGAUUUGAAAGACAAGAAAGAGGGUCAUGCUUAACGAAAAGGUUAAUGUCCUUAAAGCUGGAAUGGGAAAUGGUAUCCACAAGCAAAAAAAGUACCAAAACCCCAUUUUUGUAUGAUAGUUGUUUAGGACUGUUGUAAGUGCCAAACCUCGCUAAGCGUUCCAGUAACUGACAGGGACAUCUGUGCACAACUGGUGGACUUGUGAUAUAGUUAAGUUUGUUGGGAUGGUGUUGGUUUCUAAGAUUUUGAUUAAUUUUUAAGAUAUUAAUAGGUAUAAAUGAGGGUUAAACGGUAAGCACUCAAUUAUGAAUUCAGAGAAUUCCAACUAUGUGUGCAUGAAUGAUUGAGUUUGACCAAACCAGCAGUGUAUUUUAGCAUAGAUUUAUUAUUUUGGAACAGUUUACAUGUUAAGAAUAUAGGCUGGAUUUAGAGUCAGACUUCAUGGAGCGCUAUUUGUUUUAAUCCAAAGUUUAAAAGAUUGAGUUUGCCAAAUACCAACAUUUCUACUGCAAUGCAUAACAAACCUGUAUGAAUAUAGUGCACUUUUUCUGAAAAUCUGCAGCAAAAUGGGGGAUUUGGUCUAAAAACUGGAUAUUGAUUUGCCUUUAAUUGCAAAUGGGAUCAUGUUACUGUUUAAUGGUUUGUUUCUCCCCCUCAAAGUACUAUCAUGUAGGUGAAGAUGGUGUGAAAUGUUACCAGUCCCAGCUAAUUAAUUCUUCAGCAGCUUGUCAGAGUACAUUUUUCCAACACCUUUUUAAAAAACCAUCCAGAGAACAGUAACCAUAAGCUAACAUGUAACUGUUACCUAUGAAUUUUACUCCACAAUUCGUUGUUUUUACGUUUUCAUUGUCCUGGUUUGUGUUGCCUUCUCUGUUUUGCCAGUUUAAUUUAUUAUUUUGUAUUCAUUUGCAUUCCAGAUGAGAUUCUCAGGAAAGAAGGAAAAUGUUUGAUAACUUAAUCAUUUAUAUUUUGGUAUUUUGGUUUCUGGUAGCUUUGAAACUAUUUUUUGGCGUUUUGAGGGUGUUACAGUGGGUUUAUAUCAACAGCUGAAAACUGAUUAACAACAACUAAUGCAAUCCAUCAUUUUACAGGCUUCAAAAUAAAUGUCCUCUCGCUAUUGCA